AUGAAGAAGUACCUUCAGGAGGUGAAGGAUCGAAUCAGUGGUCUUCAAGUCAAAUUCGUCCAAAUCCCGAGGGAGGAAAACGAAUGCGCCAAUCAUCUAGUGAAGGCCGCUUUAGCAGAAUUCAUGCUCGUCCCCGAUCAGACAACUGCGGGAGGAACUCACCCCUAUGACGGCCCCGUGGCCGCUUGCUUAAUGGGGAUUAGAUAUCAUGGGCCCCUUCCCAACAGUAGUCAGGCAGCUAAAUGGGUGGAAGCAGAAGCCCUAGCCACUAUCACAGAGAAGAACAUCCGAAGUUUUGUCUGGAAGAACAUCAUUUGUAGGUAUGGGAUACCCAGGGUGCUUGUCUCUGACAACGGAAAGCAGUUUGACAACAAUGCAUUCAGGGAUUUCUGCUCGGAGUUAGGGAUCAAGAACCACUACUCGUCACCUGCUCAUCCACAAGCCAAUGGACAGGUUGAAGUUACAAACCGAUCCUUGCUCAAAAUCAUCUAG